ACUGCUUGUUCUUUGUUCUGAGGAAGCUCUCUGUGUGGAUACGGAGUUAUAGGUAUCAGAAGAGAUGUUCUGCUUACAGAGUUCCCAAGCACUGCAGGUUCUGGAGAAUUCCCUAAGGAAGCACCUCCCUGAGUCCUUAAAGGUUUAUGGGACUGUCUUCCACAUCAAUCAGGGAAACCCAUUCAAGCUCAAGACUUUGGUGGACAAAUGGCCUGAUUUUAAUACUGUUGUUAUUCGACCCCAGGAAGAGGACAUGACAGAUGACCUUGACCACUACAACAACACUUAUCUAGUGUAUUCAAAGGAUCCCAAGCACUGUCAGGAAUUCCUUGGCUCAUCAGAAGUUAUUAACUGGAAACAACAUUUGCAGAUUCAAAGUUCACAGUCAGACCUGGGCAAAGUGAUAGAAAGUCUUGGAGCCACUAACUUGGGCAAGGUCAAGCAUAAGCAGUGCUUUCUCUAUAUGGUAUGCCAAACAGCAAAGAAACUGGCUCCUUCCUUGAUGGAUGCAAAGAACUUAGUAGUCAGCCGUAACAAGCUCACGCCUCUUGACCAGCAGUUAUUCAAAUUUGCCUCACUGGAUGUUACACAUGCUGCACUGGUGAAUAGCCUCUGGCAUUUUGGUGGCAAUGAGAAGAGCCAGAAGUUCAUUGAACGCUGUAUCUUUACCUUCCCCAGCUUCUGUAUUAUGGGGCCUGAGGGGACCCCUGUGUCCUGGACCCUGAUGGACCACACUGGAGAACUGAGAAUGGGAGGCACCUUGCCUAAGUACCGGCGCCAGAGUCUCAUUUACCAUGUUGCUUCCCAGCAGAUUCAGACACUAGAAAAGCUUGGCUUUCCCAUGUAUGCACAUGUGGAUAAGGCUAACUUCACUGUUCAGAGAAUGGUUGGCUUGCUGGGGCAAAUCCUCUUGCCUUGUACCUGGAACCAGUGGAACUGUGUACCGCUAUAAAGCUAGAAAAGGGUGAGAAGGGGCCUGCGCUUGUAGACGGAGAAAUGGCUGAGAGAACAGAGAGAAGUGAACUGUCAUUAGGAUGGUGUGAGUUUCUAGAGAGCAGAGGUGCACCUCGCUGAGCUUCACACCCUGUUUCCGCGCGCUCACCUUGUUCAUGCUCUUAACUCCAUUCUUUGGCAUGCAGAAGGCCACCUUCUCCUCCUCCACCCCUGUUACAGCUCCCACAUUCUCAGGAUUCCUCUAACACAUUUGGCUAAAUUGUACUCUUUUCUAUUUGUUUUGCUGGCUCAUUGAUCCAUGCCCAUUAGUCAGUAGUUUGUGACCUAUCCUGCACUCCCCUUGCACACAAGGCAUACCUCCUCUGACUUUCUGUAGUUUUGCUUUUAUGGGCUGGAGAAGUAGCCCGUCAUCUAAAAAGAUGUUUUCAAAAAUGAUUCUUUCUCACGCCACUCACUAGGCAGUAUAUUGUUAAUAUGUAAAAACUACCAUAUAUGCAAACACAGAUGCACAAUAUGUGUGGUGCAACUGUAAGAAUUAUUAGGAAAGAGACAAGUAAAUGUGCUUGCAGCCAAGCCUGGAAACCUGAAUGUGAUUCCUGGGACCCAUUUGUAAAAGGAGAGCAUCAACUCCAUUACCUUGCCCUCUGACUGCCACAGGUAUGGAGCAGUAUUUGCACACACAAAUAAAUAAAUGUAUUAUUUCAAAAGUUAAAAAAAA